CUCCUCAUGGUGGAACAGCUGCUGCCCCUCCCUGUGGGGCCUUGGGGACCUGAAGCAGCAUGAAGUCCACAGCGAUAAGAGGCCCUCUGCAGGGUCUGGAAUGGGUGGGCAGAGGCGGCCGCAAGAUCUUGCGCAUCUGGUUUGACAAGAUGUCGGUGAAGGAGGGCGCACAGCGCAAAUGGGCGGCGCUGAAGGAGAAGCUGGGGCCGCAGGACUCAGACCCCACGGAGGCCAACCUGGAGAGUGCUGAGCCCGAGCUGUGCGUCCGGCUGCUGCAGAUGCCCUCUGUGGUCAACUACUCGGGCCUGCGCAAGCGGCUGGAGAGUAGUGACGGCAGCUGGAUGGUGCAGUUCCUGGAGCAGAGCGGCCUGGACUUGCUGCUCGAGGCCCUGGCAAGGCUGUCGGGCCGCGGAGUGUCACGCAUUGCCGACGCCCUGCUGCAGCUCACCUGUGUCAGCUGCGUGCGUGCCGUCCUGAACUCGCAGCCAGGCAUCGGGUACAUCCUCAGCAACCAGGGCUACGUGCGCCAGCUCUCCCUGGCCCUGGACACAUCUAAUGUAAUGGUCAAGAAGCAGGUGUUUGAGCUGCUGGCCGCCCUGUGCAUCUACUCGCCCGAGGGCCAUGCGCUGACGCUGGAUGCCCUGGACCACUACAAGACGGUGUGCAGCCAGCAGUACCGCUUCAGCAUCAUCAUGAACGAGCUGUCAGACAGCGACAACGUACCCUACGUCGUCACCCUGCUUAGUGCAAUCAAUGCCAUCAUCCUGGCCCCGGAAGACCUCCGCACCCGCACCCAGCUGCGGAGCGAGUUCAUCGGGCUGCAGCUGCUGGACAUUCUGACCCGGCUGAGGUGA